CAAUUACCCUGGUGGUGGCCAAGUGCUGGGAUCCAAAUCCACGAAGCGGGUGCUUUGUGCUCUCGCGGCAAGAACCGGUACGUCCGAUAGAUCCACGCGCCUGGGUGCUCCAUACCAACGCUAUGACCGCGGCCGCCGCAGCCGCUGCUGGUCCUCCAAACCCCAAUCUGCAUUCUGAUCCUCUUGGUGGCCUUUCUGAUGCCAAUUCUACUGCGUUCUGUGGAAGUAUGUCUAGAUUUGUGGGUUUUAAAAUCUUUAUGUAUUUAAUGGAUCCAUCCUCCAUAUGA